AUGGAUGGCGGCGUCCCCUGCAGCUCCGCCGCGAUCUGGGAAGAAAUAGACCUCGCUGAAAGGUUCGGUGUUUCAAUGGCUUGCCUCUUGUUUUUGCGAAGACUUUUCCCCCUUCUGCCUUCUCGUUUGUUUGUAUGCUGCGGAAGAAAUUUCUAAUCCAUCUUCCGCGGGAUUUCGAAAUUCAGUAUCCAAAGAGCUCCUUUAGGAGAGGGACAGAUGGUUGUGAAUAUGCGACCAGGGAAUUUAUAUCCUUUUUCUUACCUUGGAUUGUUUGCAGGUACCUAGUCUGCUGUAUGUUCGAGGCAGCAUCGUCUCUGUCCCGUUCUAUCAUCCAGGGAAUAUGCAACAGUGAUUCGACUGCGUUAAUUGAAGACGCUGAACUAGUUGACAUCAUGGAAUCUGCUGGCAUGGUAUUUGUUCAGUCGCUGAAGGAAUUGGGAAGGUGUCUAGAACUUUAAUUUCUCUAUACGACUUCCUUUUCAAAUUUUUUUCAAGUCUUCUUCAGUUUUUCGUGCUUCGUCUUAUUCAAAUAUUAUGACUAUCAAUAGCGUUGGUGCUUCUUAGGAUAGCUAGUCUUGAACUUCCUUAUUUGUGUUUACAUCUUGUGGUUUGAUAUUGCUUAAAAAUUUUAUCAUCUGCUAAACCAAUUGAGUGAAAAAAACCUGCAGCAUCCUUCAAAGAUGGCUCAUGACACAAUUUUUUUGAUCCCUGUGUGUACUUUUAGGAGUCGCCAUCAUUUUAUUUCUGUUGAUAAAAAAGACAAGUUGGGAUGUAAUAGGCCAAUGUCGUCCCGAAUUUAUGUUUCCCAGUCCUGAAUUUCAAGUGACGGCGCCUUCUAUGUUGAACUGAACUUUGUUUGUAUUUUGAACAUGACAACUCUUAGGGUAGAUUUCUUCCAACAGUUUUGUCACAUCUAUAUGGAACUGAAUUGUGUUUCAGAUUCCUCAAAGCAACAGGACUAAGGAAUUUCUGUACACUAAAAGACUCUGGCAGUUUACAUCUUCGACUGGGGUUGAUAAGAAGAUCCCAUUGCACAGAAGCUGAAGAAAGCUGCUACUAAAAACGUGAAAAAUGUCAAUUCACACGAAUGAAGGAAUAGAUCAUUGGGAAUUGUUAGGUCAUUGGAUUUUUUUUUCUUAAAAUUUCUUCUUGGGUUAUAUAUCUAGGUUAAGUUUAGUACGCCAACUAUAAUUUCUGUAUCACGGUAAUCUAACUGAGAGUUUAAUUCAUGUGAGAAUCAGUGGUUUGCUGUGCUUAAUAAUGCUUUGCUUAUCUUCCUUUACUAUCCUUUAUCUCCUGAAUUUUUUUUUUUUUUUUUUGAACUAUGCAGGACAUCAGAACUUAUACCUGAGCUUAAAUUUUUGUUUGGUACAGUAGCUGCGGUUCCUGGUCAGGUUUUUCUUACUGGGUAUUUGAUCUAUCCUUCUGCUAUUGUGAAAUGCUAGAUAGACUAAACUAUGCCUUAAUUUUUAUGUUUCACGAAUUCAUGUUUUACUCUGGGAUUUGUCAAUGACUGACUUGGAUCCUAGAGUUAUGAUGAGACGUCUAUUGGAAUUUAAAGAAGUUGGUCGAAAAGCUUAUGAUUUUUGAUUAUCUGUAUCACUCGUUUACACAACCGUACAUGCAUACGUACAUAUAUGUAUCUUCCAUUUGAUCAUUAUGAGGGUAGUUCAUAAUGUUCUUUAUGUGAUACUGAUGUCUGUUGUUACAAACAAUUGAAUCAAAAAGUAACUUUGAUAUUUUCUAUCUGAAUGACAUAUCUAUUUCCUAUCUAAAAGGAGAGACUGACGCUGACUCUCCUCAUUUGUCAGGGCUUGUAUGCAGAUAGCAGAAGGAUUCUCAUCCAAACUUAAGGCAACUUUUGAAGAGUUUAUUGGAAAGUGGAAGUAUGUGGAGGGGCAUGCUUUUGUUUGUCUAAAUGGGGUGAAAAACCCAACAAGCAUGAGAUGGCCUAUUCUCAGCACAGAAAAAUAUUUAGAUAUUGUAGGUGUUUAUGCCAUCAGUCUACUUGGGAUGUCAUUAAAUGAUAUUGAUCUUGCCAUAUCUUGGACAGAAAAAGCAGAAUUACCAGAGGAAAGGCGCCAGGUAUGGUGAAGACUGCCCUGCUUCAUACUUGAAUUCUUCAAUGUUGCAUGCCCAGCCUUCAUUUUAUGGCCAAUGCUGUCUCCAUUUUCAUUGUGAUUAUUGAUAUAUAUUUUUAUCAUCACAUAAAAUGCUCCUCAUGGCCAAAUAAUCCAUGAAAGACAUAAGAUGGUAACAAGCUAUGAGUUUCUAAAAUCUUGUAGUUGUUAUCUAUGCAUGUUGUAGCACGAAGAUGCAAAAUUCCUGGUAACACUUUUGAUUGGUGAUUACAUCUCAUCAGGGCAUCAUCAUUCACUCUUUUGGUCUCUUCAAUGCUGAUAACGCUUGGACUACCUUCAGAAGAACUUGGCAGUGAAAGCUUAGGGGAGUUCAGGGAAGAAAGAUGAAAAGCAAAAUUAAGUUUCUCGAGAACGGGAUUCGAGGUCUUGGAAUGUGAUGCCAUUGUCAUAGUGGGGUGUGAAAUGAAUUAAUAUAUGUUAGAGUCAUUUAGGAAUGAGAGAUCUGCUUCUUAAGGGGGCUACGAUACAAUGGGUGUGGGCUAUAAUGUAGGUGGGAUUUUUAUGAGCAUGAGUUGGAAUGGAAUUAUGGAGAUUUUACCAAAAUAGUGUUCAAAUAGCUGGUUCUUAUAUUUUGUGAAAUGCAGUCCUAGGAAGGUUCUAUAAAAUUAUGGAUGAAGCAUGGUGAGAUUCUGAGUCUGGUUAGUGAGUACCUCAUGGACACAUUCUUUAGUUCCAUGAAAGCACAAAAUCAAAGUUCAUCUGUUCUAAUAGGAAAAAGGUAAUGCUGGGUUUUAUCUGAGGCUAUUUUUAUGGAAAUCUGUUCUAGCUUAUUUACGGAAUUAGUUGACUCACUCUUUUGGUUUCACUCGGUUUUUAUUUAAAACUCGGUGGUGAUCUUGCAUUUGUUCUCUUUUGUGAUAGAUUUUUCUCAUGAAUGUGCAUUUAUCAUCAGUUCGAUGAGAUGGCAAAGAAAAUAUGCAAGACACUCAAAGAACAUCAGCCAAUGAAUAAAGCUGAUUGCCUUUUCUAUCAACCUAUUAUUCAGGGUUAGUCUGCUGACGGGCUAAGGAGACAUCCACCCUCUCUAAGAGAAACUCUUUAGAGCUGUUUUCUUGUUGUUCUUGGGGGGGUGGUUAGGCUCUUGGAAGAUGGAUGGAUGGUCACAGUACAUUGCUUCCUCUUUUUAUUAUUUUAAAUAAAUUUGGUGUCAAAUUGGUCUCCCUUAAGUGGCACAGGAGGCCAAUUUUCUGUCAAGAACAGUUUAUAGAGGUCAUAUAAUUUAUGUCUUUUACAACCUAUGGAAUGGAGAAAGGAAAAAGAGAAGUUCGCCUGGAAUGAUAGUGGAUUCCUAGUUCUAGUAAGAUUUCUAUUGAAGAAUUAUCUCCCCUGCUUCAUUUCCUUUUCUAUGUGCUUCCCAUCAUUUCAGCUUGAAAAAAAUUCUUUGAAGCAAAAAAUUCUCAUGCUGGCCGUUUAACAAUUGGGAUAUCUUUUGCAGGAAAUAUUAAGGAAAUUACAAUCUUUAUCUUCCUCUAAGAGGUCUAGUUCCCCCGGUGCCACCGAGAUGCAUCGACUAACUGAUAAAACCAGCACCCUCUCUGCUACUACCACCAAAGCUCUGCGAGGAGCAGAGAGUUUCUCAACAAACAUCAACACUCUGAAGAACCCUAAUCGUGACGCUUCGAGUGCAGUCCCUUUGGGAUCUUCUCUCUCCUCUCUAUUCAAUCGGAUUGCUGGAAGCCUUUGGUGGUUUAGGACCAUCCGUGUGAAGUGCGGAAACACGACCUUGAUCAUUCCUCAAGGGAAGGUUUUACUCUGGAGUUCUCUGGUCCUUGUCAUCCUCCAUAUCUUCCGAAGGAAACAAGCUAUCUUACGAAGGUGACGUCCUUGCCCUUGACUCCCUUGAUCAUAAAGUCUACUCUCUGGGCUUGAUUUAUUCUAAUGAGAAAAUAUAACUUGCAACAAUGGAGCUAAUCUCACAUAAACUGUGAUAGCAACUCCUUUCGAAGGUGCUUUCCCAUCAUUGAAGAGAGAGAUAAGCUGCAAGUAUCAGUCCUUGAUCUUCUCCUUUCUGCCGAAUCUCAAUGCCGGCCAUUGCUAUUUUUGUCUACUUUUGCAGAUUUGCUGGCAGCAAAGUUGUAGCCAUUAAAAGAGCUCUUGCUGAUGCAUGGCAGUUGGCAUUCUCCGUCCAAGUGAAUCCUCUUGCCGCCAUCCAGCCAAUUCCGUCCACUGCUCCCGGGGUCAGGUGA